UGUAAAUAGCUAGGAUAAGAUGCAUGAAGAAACAUUAAUUGAUUUUACAGCAGGUUGAUUGUUAAGAUAACUUGCGAUUUUCUUAUUACGCGCGGUCUGUUUAUUCUGAGUAAUUUGAUAGUAUUUAACACACGUUCUCUAGGACGUGCAUUUAGGUUAAUGUUAUGAAUUGGCAAAACUAAAACUUUUCAAAAUGGCUGAUAACGAUUCCGAAGACGAUGAGAGAGGAAUUCUAUGUGCGAAUUAUGACACUAGUAGAAUGCCAGCGUGUGGAAAAUCUGGUGCCAAGUUUUGUAGUUUGGUAUAUAUUAUUUUGAAUAUUUUGACAUGUUCGCUGAUUGUACAUUUAGUUGGAUUUUCAACUGCCUACUGGUCCCACGGGGAGGAUUUCUAUCAUACAGGGCUGUGGCUGCUGUGUGGAAUAAACAAACACAAAUGUCAAUAUCUACCAUAUAAUGCAGCAUGGUUUGAAGCCACACAGGCGCUGGAAACAUUGGGUCUAUUCGCAGCUUUUCUUGCCUUAGUAUUUUUGGUGCUGUUUAUAUUCCACCCACAGUCAUCUUCUAACAAGGCGAUAUUUAUAAUUGGGAUGGUAUCUACAUUUGUCGCAGCUGGAUUUACGGUACUGGGAAUUGUGAUUUAUGGAGCUAAAAAUCGAGACUUAUCCUGGUCGUAUGGAUUAACAGUUAUAGCAGGUGCCAUGUAUACCGGAAGUGGUAUUCUGAUGGUGUUACAUUUAAAUUUAAAUUUACAACAGACGUAGCAGGUACCAUGCAUAACAGAAGUGGUAUACUCAUGGUGUUACUUUUAAAUCUAAACUUUCAACAGACGUAGCAGGUGCCAUGUAUACCAGAAGUGGUAUUCUCAUGGCUUUACAUUAAAAUUUAAAUUUACAACAAACGUAGUAGGUGCUAUGUAUACCGGAAGUGGUAUACUCAUGGUGUUACAUUUGAAUAUGAAGUUACAACAGACGUAGCAGUUCUCAUAUAUUCCGGAAGUGUUAUACUCAUUAUGUUUCAUCUAAAUAUGAAUUUACUACAGAAGGAUUUUUUUCUCUGACGGUAUAUUCAUUUUCUCCUUUUGCGAGUCCGCUUGUUUUGUUUUUGCAAUGUACCGAGCGAACAUGCUAUUUCUUUUUUGUACACAAGUAUUUCCUGCAAAUGGCUGCACUCAGUGUUGCAGAAUAUUCACUUUUUUAUCUUGUCCUGUUUAUUCAAUUUCAGUUCUUACCAUGCAAGAAUAUUCAUUUUCAAAAUCCUUCUGGCCUCCGCCAGACUACCAAACAUGUCAAAUGGUCGUCCUCAUACAAUAGAAAAGAAUUGAUUUUUCUUUCUUAUUCUUAUAUUUUCUUGUCCGAUGAUGUUGUUCGUGUAGGUGCUUACUGUGACGUUAACUUUGAAGUUACACCAAGGGGGAUUUGGAGGGGAUUUUGUAAAUGAAUAAAUAUCAUUGCCUGGUGAGAACUGAACACAAUCUUGUCCUAAAGAGGAUGAAAAUGAAUAUUCUGCAACACAAAAUGCAGGGAAUAUAUACGAUAUGACACAAAAUCAGUACGCGCACAUGAUAACACCGAAACAUAAGGAACUGCAUCUUUAUUGCUGUUCUUCAUCUAAAAUUAAUAGUGAGGCCAUAAACCCAUACAACCGUUUUUGUAGAAACUAUUUGUUCAAUUUGUUCAGUUAUCUUUUGAAUUAAAUACAAGAUGUUUCUAUGAGUUUGUCCGUCCCGAAGUUUUUUGCAAAAAAUUCAGAUCGAGUUGAGUUUUGUUCUGAUUAAGGUAUUUUUGUGAAAGUUGUGGCUUUUGAAGAAUACACUUUCUCCUGAAAAUAUCAGUUUCUGUACGUUUUUCUGUAAUGUUUGAAUCAAUUAAUUACGUAUUUGGUAUAUACUCGUAAAAUAAGCAAUUACAAAUAGAGUUUGAGUUUUGUUCCGGUUGAGCGAUUUUUACGGAAGUAGUGGUCCUUUGACAUUAAAAGUCUUUGAGCAUAUUAGAUUUCCCUCCUUCUUCUGCCAUGCCGGAAUCAAGUGAUUAGAUAUUUCAUGCCUAUGUUUUCAUCCGGUUGAGUACAUAUACACGUUCUGUUGAUACCCCAGAAUUCUUACAUAUCAAAGUAGAACGAGUUCAAGCGAGAGGGGGUGACACGUGCACGGGGUGCUCAUUUUUAAAACCCCGCCUUGUUUCUCAUUUUUUCCCAUUUUCCACUUUUUUCCUUCCUUUUCCCAGGUCCCACUUUUUUUACCGCCUAUAUCCCGCAUCCCAAAAGCGUGUAAUUCGCCUCAAGCGAUUACGUGCCAUGAAGUUUUGAAGUAAUUUAUACAGAAUUAUGUAAAAGAAAAAAAUAUUGCAGGAUAUUUGUAGAUAAAUUGGAUAAAAAAAAAUUUAGAUGUAACUUUUACUUAAUUUGAAUUAUGAACACGUGGAAUUAUUUUUAAUAUUGUAUAUAUAAAUAAGAAGAUGUUGUAUGAGUGCCAAUGAAACAAAUAUCCAUCCAAGUCACAAUGUGUAAAAAAGUAAACAAUUAUAGGUCAAAUAUGUUUACCUUGAUUUUGUGCCAACUCAUUGUUUUAGUGAUACACUGCUUUUUGGCUAACUUUUUGUUAUUUCUUUAUAAUUUCAUAUUAAAAUAGAAUUCAAAUAG